AAGACAGAAUCAUCACCAUCACAACAACAAGCGAGACCCAGAUCGAGACCCUCAUGGCCGCUCGAACCUGCUAACGUGGUCCAUAUUUUCGCCAUUUUCCCCCUUGUUAAAGCGUCGCCAUGGGCAGGGACAAGAAGGCAGCACGCACGAAGGGCAACAAGCAGCCGUCCAGCUCGGGCCGUUCCGCUGACCUUCUGGGCGGAGUGACUGGCCUGGUUGGGUUCGGCGGCGGCCUGGGUGAGCUGGGCGUGGUGCCGGCCGCCGCCCAGGGCCAUGGCGAUGACAGUGCCGUGAGUGCCGGGCUGAGGGUGGCACUGCGGAAGAUGAUGAAGAAAGAUGCCACCACAAAGAUUAAGGCCCUGCAGGAGUUUGAGGCACUGUGCCGCGAGGAGGGCCAGGAUGCCACCCUGACGGCGCUCCCCUUCUGGCCACGGCUGUACGGCAAGCUGGCACUCGACACUGAACGCAGGGUGCGUGAGUCCAGCCAGGCGGCCCACAGGGUGUUGGUGUCCCAGGUGGGCCGCCAGCUGGCCCCACACUUGAAGGUGGUCAUGCCCACCUGGCUGCUGGGCAUGUGUGACCCCCACCCGCCAGCCGCCACGGCCGCCACACAAGCCUUCAAGGAGGCAUUUUCCCGGGACAAGCGUGCUGAGGUGGUGCUGUUUACCUUCCGGGAGAUUGUGAGACAGUUUGCAGACUACCUGUUUGUGCAGACACCACAGACACUGUCAGACCCCAAGACCACAGCACCAGAGGACAUGGAGAGCAAGCAUGUCAGGAUCAUUACAAGUUCCCUACAAGGCCUCAGCUGGGUCAUACAACUCCUAGACAACAACAACAACAUCAACAACAACUGUGAGGACAUGGAAGACACUGGUGCCAUGUCCAAGCCCUCCUCCUCCUCCUCCUCCUCCCCCUCUUCCUCCUCCUCCAGUCUUGCCAAGGUUUCCGAGGAGCUCCAGGAGAUAGUUGGCAAUGCUGCGUUCUGGAAGCUGGCCAAGGACAAGAAUUUCGGGAUCCGGGUCGCCUGGUUUGACCUCAUCGGUGACCUGCUCAGCACCCAGCCGCAGGUCUUGGCCGGGGCGCGACCUGACCUGACCUCUGCCAUCUUGACCUCCCUGGACGACCCCUCUGGCCCUGUGUGCGUCUCUGUGUGGGGGGCGUUCCUGCGUGUACAUAGGGUGGAUAAGGAUUGGAGGUCGUCAAAAGCUGCCAAAUCCUCGACCAAUCGCGUGCUGGCCGUCCUGAGGGAGGGGGGGCGGGGGGGUGGGGGGGCCCUGUACCCCCUCCUCCCCUCCCUCCUCUCCUUCCUUACCCCUGAAGAAGAGGAAGAAGAAGGAGGAGGAGGAGGAGGAGGGAAGAAAGUGGAGGAGUUUUACAUGGGUUUCCUCCGAGCAGCCUCGACGGGCAUCCUUCGGCACCCCGGGAGGGCCAUGGGGGGUGGAGGGGGUGCCAGUGCUGGGGUGUCGGCACUCUUCACAUGUCUACGACGCCUGGCACCCAACACUUCUAAUGCCAAUGGUCUCUGGUCAACACUUCUCGAAUACCAGGUUGUUGGGUUGCUGUCCACUGCCUUCACCUCCACCCCUCCACUUUUCUCCUCCGCUCUCUACGUGGAGGUAAAAAGCCUCCUCCACCUUCUCUCCACGCUGGAGGAAGAGAGGAAGGAAGAUCGGAAGAUUGAACCAGUUUCCUCCUCCUCCUCCUCCUCCUCCUCUCUCCUCGAAAUCUUCUGGGAGAAAUUUGUGAGAAUGUGCAAGGAAGAUAUUUUAAAGGAGGAGGAGGAAGAGGAGGAGGAUGGAGGAGGAGGGAGGAGGAGACUGGAGAGAAUAGCGAGAGUUUCCUCCUUCCUCCGUUCGCUCCGUUCCUCCGACGCUCAGAAGAGGAAGAAGAAGUGUCUACGAUUUGAGGAAGAGGAGGAGGAGGAGGAGGAGGAGGAGGAAGAUGCAGAAGACAGGAAGAAGAGGAGGAAGACAGAAGAUGAAGAGGAGGAAGACCAGGAAGAGGAGGAGGAAGAGGAAGAAAAAGAAGAAAUCAAAAAUAUCGAACUCCAAAAAUCGCUUGAAAAUCCCGAAAAAAUCCCGACAAACCCCCAAAAAUCAAUGCCGAGGGGGUGCCAGGGGGUGCCGGAGGGGGUGCCACUGACCGAAGCCUUCCUGAGGGCCGCUGAGAGGGGGUUGGCACUCCUCGCGGCACAGUGCCAUGCCCGCUAUGCCCAGAAACGUGACCUUGGGGCAUACUCACUUCUGGCUUCCAUAGUACAAAGCUUCCCUUGCCCAGAAGUCUACCAGGCGAUGUUAGAGGAGGAGGAGGAGGAGGAGGAGAGAGGAGGAGGAGGGAGGAGUCUGGAGGUACCGGAGGGAGGAAACGGAGGAAAGAGGGAGAGAACAGCAAGGGAGGUAUUGGAGAGAAAGAUCUUGCCGAAAUUUCUCUCCUCCUCCUCCUCCUCCUCCUCCUCCUCCUCUUCCUCUUCUUCUCUCCUCCUGGUUACGGUGGAGGUAUUUUCCUCCCUCUACCGACAUCUGGAGGAGGAAGAACGGAGAGAAAUAUUGGAGAAAGUGGAGCCUACCAGCCUGGACAUCACAGCCCUCCACCAUAUCAUCCGAAACCUGUCCCAAAUUCAACCGCAAGACUCCGCCGCAACCGCCUGGCUCUCAUCAACCGCCCUGGGCAACCGAGUGACCCGGCUGGCGGAUGACCUCUGCCAGGUGACCUCUGUGACCCGGGAGGAGGAGGAGGAGGAAGAGGAGGAGGAGAAGAAGAAUCUGCUGAUGUUUGUCUUGGGAUGUGGAGAGAGGAGAGCUCCAGUGGUAGGGGAGGAGACAGUGGCUGACGUCCUUAAGUGCCUCGGAAAGUCGCUGUUAAGUACCUCACACAAGCGACUGGACUGGCUGGCAAGACUGACUGCAUCUCUGACUGAUUUUGACCCCACCCACCCCUCCUGGUACUCCCCUGGGGCACGGCACUUCCUCGAGGCACUAUUCGCGGCACUGUGCCAGAGCGUGACUACUUCUACUUCUACUACUACUACUACUACUACUACUGCUACGAUUCUACGAGGCACUCUACUGAAGAUUCUCAAGGGCGUGACCUCUGCCAGUGCCGACCUAGGGCAUAACGGUACCAGAAGAGGAGGAGAAGGUACCGUUAGCGAGGAAAAUGGUACCGCUAAUGAGUUAAAAGGUACCAGUAAUCAGAAAAGUGGUACCGUUGAGCAUAAAGGUUCCAAAAAUGCCCAAAAAAGUACCGUUAGCAUCCCAGACAGUGCCACAGAGGGUCAAACGGUCAGUGCCAGGGUUGACCUUCUCACCCUGGCACUCCGGAACAUCAGGGCCAGAAUCAGAGGUCAAUCUUGCACAUAUGACCUCGCUACCUUCCUCUCUGACCUGACCCUUGACCUUUUGGCACUUGGCACUGGCACUGAGACUUCUGUCGGCACUGAAACGACAUUUAAACCUGGCACUCAAGGUCUGGAAGGUCCUGAAAAUGACCCAGUUUCAAGUAUGAGUGCCCUGAGAGGUACCGAUAAAAAUAAAAACGGUACCGGUAACAGGGAAACUGGUACCGAUAAUGAAAAUGGAACCGUUAAACGCGAUCUGGCCCUCAGAAUUGGCACCGAGGACACCGACAGCAUAGCACUGGACGACACACAGAUCCAGGCACUGCUUGAGGAGGUGGCACUGUCCGAGGGGGAGUGGGCGGCACUGGAGAGCCAAAUCAGCCCUCUCUACGUGGCACCCUCCAUUCUGAAGAGCGAGAUUGCCUUCCGUGAAUUCCCCUUCCCUAAACGCAUGGCACUCGGCACUCCCUGGGACCACCGGCACCAUAUCGCGGCACUGCAUGCGUGUGGGGUCCUGCGAGGUCUGUGCCAAGGGGGGGCGCCGGGGGGGGUGUCGUUGGGGCGGUACACGCAUUUGUUCGUAUGUGUGUUGCACUCAGCAGCCGCGGCGUCCAACCUCCUGGGUCAUGCGAGGGCUUCCAGUGCCUUGCCCUGUGUGAGCGAGGACGUAGAGCGAGGGGUGAGGAAGCUGGUACAAGACUCGCUCCAAUUUCUCGCUCAACUCAACCUUGGGAACAAACGACUUAUUGCCAAGCAGAUUAAAGACAGGUGUUCCGACGGCAGCAGCGCAUGGAGUGUGACCCUGAGCCAAGUGCUGACCCAGUGGCUGACCCCUGCGGAGGUCAAUGCCCCCAGACUCUUGGAAGGUCUUAACCCAGAUGACCUUGGAUAUACUACCACUAAACAGGCACUACUUCCACUACUACCAGAGAUCUUACUUAUGGAGAUACUUACGGAGGAGCUCGCCUGUCUCUCCAGCCUAUCGGAGGAACCUUUCUCCGCGCCUCCGUCUCUCUCCCUCCUUUCCUCCGCUCUCUCCCUCCUUCCCUCCACCUCUCCAUGUGUGAGGGAGGCAGUGGAGGUAAUUUUCGGAGUCCUCUUCCAGUGGAGGGAGAGAGCGGAUGGAGUCUUCCUCUUUGCUGAGGACCUCCGUGGCGUGGUGUGGGAGGACCUGGCUGUGGUGUGUGCGGUGGUGCGUGUGGUGAGUGUGUGCCUUCAACACCACGCCACGCACCUCUCAACACCACACUGGGAUUUCACACUUUGCUGCCUCUCCUCGUGGGUCCAAAGCUUGCAGGAGUCCGUGGAGUGUGUACAAGAGGAGACAGUUGCUGGGACCUUCGCGUACAUCGUGUGCGUCUGUGUGCGUGCCGUGGCUGACCUCAUGACUGUUUUGACCCUGGCGGAGGAGAUGACCCAAGCAGGAGGAGGAGGAGGAGGAGGAGGAGGAAGGAGUGAGGUCUUAGAAGCUGAACCUGUUACAGAAGAAGAAGAAGGAGAAGGAGGAGGAGGAGGAGAAGAGGAGGAAGGAGGAGGAGGAGGUGGUGCUAGUCCUCCUCCUCCUCCUCCUCCUCCCUCUUCCUCCUCCUCCUCCUCCUCCUUUCCUCCAAAGCUCCUGGAGGAUUGGAGAGAAUUCUUUGCCCCUCCAAUAUUUGAUUCUCUCCUCAACCUCUUCAUGUCUCUAGCAGACACCUACAAGACCCAGCCCAACACUCUCCUCCAUGGGGUCUGCAGUGCCGUCAGUGCCGCGGUGAGCAGUGCCAACCCUGAGGCACUCGCUCGGCACUCCCUCCCCCCUGCCCCCCCCUUGGCACUGGCGGAAGAAGAGAAGGAGGAGGAGGAGGUGGGAUUGUCCGAAACAGAAGAGACCCUGCUGAGACACAUGACCCUUCUGCUGUUUUCUGCUCACCCUGCUGUCCAAGGGGCCUCCUACUGCCUGCUGACCACUGCCCUGCCUGCCCUAGUGUCCUCCUGGGAAGGGCGAGUCAGCAGAAGGAAGCAGGUGGAGGAGGGGGAGGAGGAGGAGGAGGAGGAAGAGGAGGAGAUGAAGGCCCUUCCAAAAUCGCUUGUUUGGGUUUUGAGAAAGGUCAAGGAGGGGGGUGCAGGGAGGUGGGGGGAGGGGGGCAAACUACCCCCCCAUGACCCCAGGUUCCCAAAAUUCGUGGGGUAUUUGCUGGGCUGGAAACUGACCUUCUCGGCUGUGAUCUUGACCCCUGACCUCCACCAACACCAGUACUGUGCUUUCCUGAGGGACAAGGGGCUACUCCAGGCACUCCUUCACAAUCUCUUUGCCCUGAUGCCAAUGCGGCCCUAUGCUGAUACUCCUCCUGGCCCUGGUGGUGGUGGUGGUGGUUGUGAUGAUAAGGGGAACUCCACCAGUAACUCCACUUCUACCUCCUCCACCAACUCCACUUUCUUCAACACCGAUCUUAACAUCAAGCCGCUGGGCACCUCCUCGGCACUGUUCCCCCCCAAGCUGGCCUGCCAUGUCUACUACAGUGCCGUGAGCUCAGUGCCGGCAGCCGUGCGUCAAUGGUUCCUGGCACUCCCCCGGCACUCCCAGGGUACGGUUGACAGCUUUACGGUUGCCUACGUGUCCCCUGGGUUGAUUCAGCAGGAGAUGGCGGCCGUCAGCGGAGCGUCGGACAAGUUUGACAACAUGACGGUGCGAUGCCGUCCCAGUGCCAGGGAGGUGGUGGCAUCCUACACUGUUGACGAGGCCCGGAUGGAGCUGGCUCUGCGCCUGGCACCCAAUCACCCCCUUGGCACUGUGGCUGUUGAAGACCACAAGAGGAUUGGGGUCCCCCUUGCACAGUGGAGGAACUGGCUGCUGGGGUUGACCACCAUGCUGUCCCACCGCAACACUCCACUCCUCCGCUCGCUGGCCUUCUGGAAACAAAACAUUGACCACAAGUUUAAGGGGCUGGAGGAGUGUUAUAUAUGUUACUAUGUCAUCCACGGCGCCAACCAUACCCUGCCACGACUCCUCUGUAGGACGUGCAAGAAGAAGUUCCACUCGGCCUGCCUCUACAAGUGGUUCAGUACAAGCAACAACUCGACCUGUCCCUUGUGUCGGAGCUUGUUCUAGAGAGAGAGAGAGAGAGAGAGAGAGAGAGACAUACAUUACUAUAUAUCUUAAGUUCAUAUAUUAAUAGGCAUUUCUGUUGUUAUUAUUAUCCUUAUUAUUAUUGGGAAUAUUUUUGCUUUUCUUAUCUGUGUGUCUGUGUGUGUGUGUGUGUGUGUGCGUAUAUCGUGGCCUUACACCGUGUAUGUAUGUAUGUAUAUAUAUGUUACGCACACAUUAAUAAUAAUAAAAAAUAUAUAUAUAUAUGAAUUGAUUUACAAAUAUAUAUGUGUGUUUUUAC